AUGGAGCCUGCUACGAAGCCUGAGAAGCGAGGUCUAAUGGCUAUAUCAGAGCGAUCAGAUUCCUCUGAGGCUGAGAACAAAGUUACAGCAGGAACCGCUCAAUCACUGAGGCAGUCAGCACCCUCUUUGCUGAGAAGGGUCGGUGCGCCGAUAGCUCUUCUUCUUGUACCUACCCUUUACAUAGUCCUCGUCUCAAUGGUUUUCUACUUUCACAACAAGGAACAAAGCUCUUUCGGCGAUACAGUAAUUGAAAUCCUUCAAAUUGCCUCUACACUGUGGCCUGUUACAUUCGCCGCUGUGCUAGGGCCAUUUCUUAAGACUGUCGCACUACUGAAAGCUGAGAGGGGCACGACAUUAACUUCUCUCGAAUUUCUCCUUACCAGUCAGACAACAGCUGCCGCAUUAGUAAACCUUCUAACACUCAGAAGAAUCAAAGAAGUGACCGCUGUUGUCGUUGCUGCAGUCUGGCUAUUGGGCCCCCUAGGAGGUCAAGCAGCCCUUCGCUCCAUCCACAUACAGCACAACAUCAACACUACACAGACACCAGCCCUUCACUAUCUUGGUAAUAACCAGAGUGAAAUCGAGGCAUAUUAUAGUCAUGGAGCUUAUGUACACUACGGCGCAUCGAUAAGGUCAAACUUCAUUGCUGGAAUGCGGGGUAUCUACUCUGCCCCAUUCUCCAGUCCUGAUAUUCUAGUCUUACAUGCCAAUACCAGCAGUCCCAACUUUGACAAUGUCAUCAAGGAACUUGGGGGUACAGCCCAGGCACCUCGCCUUGGGUACCGAGACUUGUGGCGCAAUGUACGUGUGCCUUUCCUUGAGCCUUUACCUGGAUAUGACGACGAGAAUCCUACAUCAUGGGUCACAGUCCCAUUGGACGAGAUUGUGCCUUAUGUAUCUCUCAUAGGGCUUCCAAUUCGAACCCCAUUUCUCAAUGGAGCUGGCAACUUAACCAUGACACUGGGUCAAAAACGGUUCCACGUCCCUGUUUUCCAUAACACAACCUCCCCCGUCCGAUUAGCUUUGCAGUCUUACGAAACCAUCUUUUCAGGUUUCGAAAGUAACAAAGGCAACCAGAACAAAAGUGUCAGGGGCUACCCGAACAUCUGGUUUGACAUUGCAAAUACAUCUGCAGCACGUCAACAACUGAAAACGAGAGGUGUCCAGCUUGAGGCGCAUUCUAAUCUUCAGCUUGUUCUAGGGGGCGAGUGUGUAUUUUGUGCUGUAAGCCCUUGCAAGGAGAUUACGAGAUUGAGGCUUUGCGAUAUUAGUAUCUCAUAUACCGAGAUGGCAAUAGGAUGCACCAGAGUAACUCCUGAUGCCGACCUUAUAUGUCGAGCCGUCCGCAUACGGCGAGCGCCUUUUCACCCCAACCAGGGAAACUUAACGGCCCUGUCUUCUUUGCGUAUGGCCCAGAGUGUUUUGUUCGAUAUCCCAUUCACCGGCGCAACUGAACACGGAGGUCAAAAGGGGCCAAGCACCCUGGCAUAUUAUCUAAGAGACCCAACGAGCACACUGAGCCGCCAGGGUAAUAGGCCUUGGAACACAACACUCGACCGUGACAUUCAGGGCUGCUACACCCAUACAUCUGCACGACUUCUAGAAAGACGGCUUGCCACGGUUUUGAAUACCUUUGUUGUGGCAUCCUAUAACCUGACUGCUCUGACCGGUGGCGAUGGAGUCAUUAUAGAAGAUGUUGAGUUUCCUUGGAAGAGCAGUACAGCGACCUGGACUCAGUUUGCGAAACGCACCUACGCGGUCGAUUGGUUGUGGCUUAGCGUUACAGUUAUCUCCACGGCGGCGUUGGUUAUCUGUGCAGUUGCCAACGUGAUCAUUCGAUGGCGAAUUCGGGCACCAGAUUUCCUCACUGGUGUACCUGGCUUGACGAGGGAUACUCCGUUCGUUAAUAUCUCGAAUCAGGCUGGAAGUGGUUUUAGUGGUGAGGAUCGUUUGAAGGUUUUUGGGGAUGUUCAGGUUUAG